UUGCCACUUAAGCAGCAGACAAGCAAAAUUGAGCGUUCGCUUUAUUUUUGGCGUGUCUGCUGUGCUGUGCUGGUCUUUUCCUUGCCUGUGUCGCCAUUGGUCCUAAUUCCUAAGAUCAAGUUAGGGAAGCUUCAACCGCUGGUUCUUUCGCUUUGAAGUUUGAUUUGAAAGAAGGGGAGUUGGGCUUCCCACUGCCUACGAAUGUGUUUCCUUUUAUUUCCCAUGCCCAUUGGUCAUCUGUCAAGUCCACGUCUUCGUUGACUUGGUAAUACCCAUUUUGCGCAGUAGAGCCCCCACAAGCUUAUAUUUGCCUUUGCGAGCUGGAGAAUUAUGAAAAUGGCUCGUAACUAGUUGAAAUUUCAGGCCCUCGUUUUUACUUCCUUUCUUCCCCUGAGGGCUGAGAGUUGAACUUGAACUUGAACCCAACAUUACAUAUUCCUUGAUUUUACUUUCCUUUUUGCCUUUUGUUACGUGCUCAAUUUUAGAGCUCCAGUAGGACUUGGAGCCUGGAGGCAGCUUUCAGCUCUUACUUUCGGACUAUGGGUAACUGCUUCUCCGACGACGCCGUUGGCCGCUCUGCCGUUGGCGGUACUGCCUUCUCGCAAAAUGAUACUUCUAACGUCGCCGUAGAUUGUUUCUUGUUGUCUCGAGGCUAUCGUGGCCUCUAUUCUCAGAUCGAGCUCUCAUUCUCUGCAUCUAACUUGCGCGAUCGUGAUAUAUUAUCCAAGAGUGAUCCAAUGGUGGUUAUCUACACAAAAGGAAGGGACGGAACACUAGAAGAGCUUGACCGCACGGAAGUAGUUCAAAAUUCAUUAAAUCCAAAAUGGAUCCAUAAGCUUAAUAUUACCUAUCAAUUUGAGGUUGUGCAAACUUUCGUGUUCUUUGUAUAUGACGUCGAUACUCAAUAUCACAACCUAGGAGUAAAGAUGCUGAAGCUAGAUGAACAGCAAUAUCUUGGUGAAGCAACUUGUGUACUAUCUGAGAUAGUUACCAAAGCAGACAGCUCACUUACUUUGGAUCUUAUAUAUAGAGAAGAGUCUACCAGCUCUACUCAUCCACGCCACUGUGGGAAACUUACUGUUCAUGCUGAGGAGUGUGUUAGCUCAAAGACCACAACAGAGAUGAUAUUAAGGUGUUCAGACUUGGAACACAAGGAUCUCUUCUCAAGAAUUGACCCUUUUCUGGUUAUCUCAAAAACUGUGGAGAGUAAGAGCUCAAUUCCAGUUUGCAAAACCGAAGUCAUAAAGAAUGACUUGAAUCCUACAUGGAAGCCUGUAUUCUUGAAUAUGCAACAAGUGGGAAGCAAGGACAGCCCCUUGAUUAUAGAGUGUUUUAACUUCAACAGCAAUGGGAAGCACGAAUUGAUUGGAAAAGUUCAAAAGUCGCUGGUGGAGUUGGAAAAGCUUUAUUUAAGUGGGGAGGGGGACAACCUAUUCUUACUUUCUGCUGCUGGACACGAUUACCAUAACAAAAUACUAAAAAGCCAGUUAUUUGUGGACAAAUUCUCCGAGAGCGUCCAACAAACUUUCCUGGAUUACUUGGCCGGUGGCUAUGAAAUGAACUUCAUGGUGGCUGUUGAUUUCACAGCUUCAAAUGGAAACCCUCGCCUUCCUGAUUCCUUGCAUUUCAUUGAUCCUUCAGGACGGCCAAAUGCAUAUCAGAGAGCAAUCUUAGAAGUUGGAGAGGUGUUGCAGUUUUAUGACUCGGAUAAACGCUUUCCUGCUUGGGGUUUUGGAGCACGACCAAUUGACGGUCCAGUCUCUCAUUGUUUCAACCUAAAUGGAAGUAGUCACUACUGUGAGGUUGAAGGAACUCAAGGAAUUUUGAUGGCAUAUACAAGUGCGCUCCAUAAUGUAUCUCUUGCAGGACCAACUCUUUUUGGGCCUGUGAUUAACAAUGCUGCGUUAAUUGCCAGUCAGUCUCUCGCAGAUGGUGGGCGGAAGUACUUUGUUUUGCUAAUAAUCACUGAUGGAGUGGUAACAGAUCUCCAAGAAACUAAAGAUGCUCUCGUCAAGGCAUCUGAUCUGCCACUGUCUAUUCUCAUUGUUGGAGUUGGUGGAGCUGACUUUAAAGAGAUGGAGGUUUUAGAUGCGGACAAGGGAGAGAGACUUGAAAGUACAACUGGACGUGUGGCUUCACGUGAUAUAGUCCAGUUUGUUCCAUUUCGGGACGUACAGGGUGGAGGAAUUUCUGUUGUUCAAGCACUGCUAGCAGAAAUACCUCAUCAGUUUCUGACCUAUGUUCGAAGCAGAGAUGUUCAACCAAAUUCAUGAUCAAGUACAUGGUACCGAACAAUUGUCCCUAGAUAUUGGAUCAUUUAUUUGUGCUGUCAUCGCUAUCCCAGUCAAGUUGCACUGAAUGGGCAGUUGUACGACACUGCACUGAGCUUAGAAACUUUAGUUUGCAAUUCAGUGUUCAUGCCAAUGCAGCUGGUAUACGUAUAUGAGUUCAAUGGUUGGCGUUUUUCCACGGGGGAUGGAAGUUUACUCGAGAGUGAUUGUCGGCUUAGUUGUGCCAGGAGCCUUUUGCUAUUCUGGAGAGUAUGAUAGGUGAUACCAUAUCUUCUACUCUUAAUUCGAGAGAAGAAUUGAAAGCAAUAUCAGAAAGAUUUCUUCUUUUCAUAUCAUGUGCAUUGGAACUCUAUUUGCUGAUUCGAUGAAUAGAAUGCUGAACAUCAGGACAUGCCUGAAUCUUAAAGGGUAAAGGCAGCCGAAACAAAACAUUAUCUUUUGCUGUUAUUUUUGUUUUCUCCGUUUGCUAUUUCAUUGUUUAUGUUUGUUUCUAAGCUUGGGUCGGAAUUUCAAGGGUGUAUUCAUGGAAAAACAUUUAUUCAUUAA